CUACCGGAUAUCCAUCAGUAUCUAGGAAUUAAUAGGAAUUGAUAGGAGUGAUAUCCCAUUUUCGGUUGACUACCUACUAGGUAACCUAAGUAUAAGAGUGAGUGAUAGUGCUUUCUCCCUGUUCAUUUCACUUUUGACCACAUCGUCAAAUUUCGCCUGGCCUUCUUCUCUUUUUACAACAAACUUGUGAACGUAAUCGACACCUUACUUCCUUCUUCCCAUCUGUAACUAUUGCAACUCGACAUUCCACAGGAUACAAUGGGUCGAUCAGAAAUCCGCAAUAUCUGCAAAGUUUCACUUGAUGAGCCUGCAGAAAGUCAACCGAAGCUUCAUAACAGAUGGCAUCCAGACAUUCCGUUCGCUGAUACCAUCAAGGAUGGUGAAACCGUUAAGAUAGAAUGUGUUGACUGGACUGGAGGUCAAAUCAAGAACGAUGACAGUGCAGAUGAUGUAAAAAAUGUCGAUCUUACCAAGAUCCACUACUUGUCUGGGCCAUUUGAAAUCGAGACAGCAGAGCCAGGAGAUGUAUUGCUUGUUGAAAUAAUGGAUGUACAGCCACAUCAAGAGCAUCCUUGGGGCUUACUUAAUAUUGACGUUGACUGCCUAGGUGUCUUCGCCAAAGAAAACGGAGGUGGCUUCCUGGAUGAACUUUACCCAUCGGCAGCUAAAGCAAUUUGGGAUUUUGAGGGGAUCUAUUGCUCAUCGCGGCAUAUUCCCCAUGUCAAAUUUCCUGGAUUGAUUCACCCUGGUAUUCUUGGUUGUGCACCAUCUGCAGAAGUUCUAGCCACAUGGAACAAACGGGAGGGUGAAUUGAUAGCUGCCAACAAGCUGGACAGGAUUGUUGCUCAACCACCUAACCCUCAAAACGUGCAUGCUGGUUCGGCAUCUGAGGACAUCAAAACAAAGGUUGGCCGCGAAGGCGCAAGAACAAUCCCGGGUCGCCCCGAACAUGGCGGAAACUGUGACAUCAAGAAUUUGAGCAGAGGAAGCAAGGUGUACCUUCCAGUACAUGUGAAGGGAGCCAAGUUCUCUGUUGGAGAUCUCCAUUUCUCCCAGGGCGACGGUGAAAUCUCGUUUUGCGGUGCCAUUGAGAUGUCCGGUGUCAUCACCAUCAAUUUUAAGGUAAUGAAAAAUGGUAUAGCAGAUCUUGGUAUGAAAUCACCACUCUACUUACCCGGCCCCGUCGAGCCCCAUUACGGACCAGGAAGAUACCUUACCUUUGAGGGGUUCAGUGUGGACCACCAUGGUAAGCAGCACUACAUGGACGUCACUGUAGCCUACCGCGAGACUAUUUUGCGUUGCAUCGAAUACCUACGUCGAUUUGGGUAUUCUGACUACCAGAUCUAUCUCUUGUUAUCCUGUGCACCAGUACAAGGUCACGUCGCUGGAAUCGUAGAUAUCCCAAACGCAUGCACGACUCUUGGUUUGCCCAUGGAUAUUUUUGAUUUCGAUAUUUCUCCUUCUGGUCCUGCAAAGAAGCUGGAUAUGGGUAGCUGUGCCUUUGAGACCGGUGUUACCGCGGGCAAAGUUACAAAGGGCGGUGAGAAUAGUGAGCACAGCUUCGGUGGUGGUUUGACUUUCAAGUAGUAGUAAGAUAUAAUUUGAGUUCUCAACAUGGUUCUUUAUUAUUGCGCCAGCGGAUGGUUUAGCUGAUUUGUUUUUUUGGUUAUGCACUCAAUGG